AUGGCAUCUCAGGCUUCGGAUGAUGGGGGUGAGAAGACGGUGGACUUCACGAAAAACCGAGCCAACGAGCGAGGCAUGCCGGGAAUCGCCCAGUGGCUGCGUGACUUCAAGAACGCAGGUGAUGGCACGGCGAAACCAGACAUGUUCAUGAUCCGGCGGCUCCGACAGCUCAUCUGGUUGCAAACCGAGCGGCAGAUCUUUGGCGAAAAUGAGCAGUGUUGGAUGCGAACCCAAUGCGUCGAUCGGGGAGGUGGAGUGCGUGACACCAUCGACCAGGAUGCAGACAAUGGCCAAACUGGAAACAAUGCACCAAGUCACACGACUUCCCAGACUCCUUCAGAACGCUCCCGCAGUGAUAAACGUGAGGUCCGUGUCCCGCUUCCACCAGGUCAAGUACUCUGCACCGUUGCCGUCAUUUGCAUCAGCAAGUGUGGAAAGCCACCAGGACCUGACCCUCCAGAUGAUGACAGGGACUCACAGGCAGAUCGCGACAGCAAACGUGGUAAGGACAAUCGUGGGAAGAAGCCCCCUCCGGGGAGCCGACGCCCACCGGGAGGCUUCAUAGAAGAGGAGGAUUCUCCCCCGUCACCAGACCUUUACGACGAAGAAUAUGAAGAUGACGCGAUCCCGGUGCCGAUGCGCCCUCCGAUGAAGAAGGCAGUGCACCAGCUGACCGGGAGGAUUGAAUUUCCCUGUCGCAAACGUGCCGAUGCCAUCCGAGACGGUAGCUUGAAACCAAACCAGCUGUGUGAUGAGCAGGAUGCAUUACCGCCACCGGAAGAGCAAGCCUGUGCGGUUGCCGGGAGGCCCGCCAUCCUCGAGCGCAUCACCCAAUGGGAAAGUGUGGUCAACACCCUGAAGGCAGCCAUUGCGGUUGCGACGUGGGACGACCCACAGGUGCUCUUGCGAGAGAUGGAGGGAUGCCGCCUACCCCUGGCGAAUAUCGUCGAGCCGAUGCUGGGUGGUGGCAAUGCUGAAGGGGCAUACGACACGCUCGCGGAGGUCUACAAGAACACGCCCGAUGGGUUCUUGGCCAUGUGCCCCUACCCGCCGGGAGGCGAGGUCGACCUGCUGAUCGUAUCAGACUCAUCUCUUGCUCUGGUACCUGACCCCCAAGCAGGGAAGGCUUCGUGUUUUUCCGGAGGCGAUCUUUUGAAGCCCUGGGGAGACAUCCGUGGCAUUUACACAAAAAUGUUGUGGGGCAAAGGUUUGAACCACAUGGUGCAGUACAUCCCCGAGGCCAUCGAUGACAUCGAGUCCACCAAUCGUGCACAUGGUCGCCCGGUUUUGCCGGUGUUGGUCAUAGUGCACUUGGAAGACGACGACAUCAACCGGAAGUAUGUCACCAACUUCCUCCAAGCCGUCGCUGAUUGCCACCUUGCCUACCUCAAGCUCAUCAGCGUCGACGAUCACUUGAGAACGCUCCCAAGAAUUGACGAUCUCCAGGAGCAGAAGAACUACCCGAACCUCACCAUCCUCAAGGCCGCGUGCCAGCUUGAAAUCGAUUCGAAUGUAUCCUCUCCAAAAGAUCUUCCUCAGCGACCUGAUCCUGAGAAGCUCAUGUUGGAUGCAGAUAUCGAGAUUUUCAACUGGGUGCUUCAAGCUGAGGAGAGCGCCACAGCCUCUGCCGACCGGGAGGUCGAGUCCUGGUUGCGUGACAUUCCUGAAGAGGACCAGGCAUUGGAACCAAUGCACCAUGACAACGCUGAUUCGGACAAUGAGGCUGUCAAAGUUCAGGCCCUCACCAUGGAUGAUCGAAUUUUGGCGAGGCGAAAAGGCCUUUCAGAGGAGCACGACCAAGAAUGGCAAGAUGCCACCUAUGCGGCUGAGGAUGAAGACGAGGACUUCAAAGGGUGGGACCUCAUUGAGGAUGACAAACGCCCGCCGGGAGUCGUGGCCAGUGACCCAGUACAUGAAGAGGAAAAGGAGCUGGACCUUGACGACCUCGAGACGGUGGCUUCGGUGGAGAUUGUCGAUGAAGAGGAGUUCCACGACGCUGAGGAGGGGCAGGCAGAGCCGAUUGAUGAUGACGAUGACGACAUGGCCGUGAUCGAAAAGGUCUCUUCUAUGCAGGCCUCGAAGUCUGAUGCACGGGGGGACCCGGAGCCCAUGGAUGUUGAUGAUCAGGGCAACAAGAUGGUCCAGAGUACGGCAUCAGCGAAGACCUGGAAGACGGAGAUGGCCCAGAGCUCGUCAUCGGCAAAGACGUGGAAAACUGACAUGGCUCAGAGCACCUCAUCUGCAAAGACAUGGCGAACUGACACCACUGCAGCUGCGUCGGCGGGAGCCACGCCUUCUGACCCGACGUCCAAGCUCAAGCCCAAGAAGAAGGCCAUGCCAAAGAGAUUGAAGGUUGUGGAUGAGGGACAUGGGCCAAGUGCUGAACAGUUUGACACGUCGAAAUUUGCCUCAGCACAGGAUCUGGUUUGGAUUGAGCCGGACAACAUGGCAGGAGUUCCUGUGCGCAAGGUGGACUACGGGAGGCUUGGAUCAAUUUCCCAUGCUAUGUCCGACUACCUCCGUGGCCAUCGAAUGUUUCACAGGAGGCCAUCACCUGAGAUUCGGAGGACUGAUUUGUCAAUGGACUUCAAGGCAUUGGUGAGGCAUCUCCAAGGAGAUUUUGCGCACCUUCGAGAAGAAGAAGUUUUGAUGGUUGUGCGCAACUCUCCGAUGCGUCGCUUCAGAGUCCAGGUGAACGGCUUGUCGUCCGGAAAGCUCAGAUGGACGCCAGUGAG